AAUCCACUUUUGAUUUUGUCAUGUCUCCAACGGUCCGGCGUGCUUGGUUUAGCUUGUUUAAGUGUUGUUUAGAAUUACGUUAAUUAUUUUGUGAAUUACGUGCAAAAUAAUAUUGUUAUUGCAUUGAAAAACACAACAAAUUGAUUUUAUUAAGCCAUAAAGAAGGGGCACAUGAAUCAUCAUGGUGUUCAAUAAAAAAGACUUGGCAAAAGCCUUUUCUCCCAAUAAAGCAAAAAAAUUCGUGAAAAAAAGAUUAUCAGGCACAACAAAACCUAGUACAAGUGGCAGCACAAUGAGAAAAGAUACAAGUGCCGAAACGAGUAUCAAAGUAAUUGUUCGUUGUAGACCUCCAAAUGAUCGUGAAAAUCAAGAAAAUUAUCGAACAGUUAUAAAACUUGUUGAUGAUAAAAUGUUAAUUUUCGAUCCAAAAGAAGAAGAAAAUCCAUUUUUCUAUCGUGGUGUUGUACAAAAAGGUCGUGAUUUAUUGAAAAAACAAAAUAAAGAAUUGAAUUUUAUUUUUGACAAAGUUUUUGGCAUGGAUUCAUCAAAUGAUGAUAUAUUUCAAGGUAGCACAAAAGAAUUAAUUAUCAAUUUACUUGAUGGUUAUAAUUGUUCUGUAUUUGCUUAUGGUGCAACUGGUGCUGGAAAAACACAUACAAUGCUUGGAAAGGAAGGUGAUCCUGGAAUUACAUAUCGUACAAUGUCGGAAUUAUUUAAUCAAAUUAAUUUACAAAGAGAACAUCGUGACUUUGAUUUGGGUGUAACUUAUUUAGAAGUAUAUAAUGAAAAUGUUCAAGAUUUAUUACACAAAAGUGGACCACUUCAUCUUCGUGAAGAUGGACGAUGCGGAAUAAUUGUGGCUGGACUUAAAAUUAUAACAAUUCAUAGUCCAGACGAAUUGCUUUCGCUUCUGGCAAGGGGAAAUAAGAAUCGUACUCAACAUCCAACUGACGCAAAUGAAGAGAGUAGCAGAAGUCAUGCUGUAUUUCAAGUUUAUGUUAAUAUUACAAGUAAAUUAGAUGGUCAGGUAAAACAAGUGAAAUUAUCAAUGAUCGAUCUUGCUGGAUCUGAAAGAGCCUCGGCCACUGGAUGUAAAGGUGCAAGAUUUAAAGAAGGAGCAAAUAUCAAUAAAUCUCUAUUGGCACUUGGCAAUUGUAUUAAUAAUUUAGCAGAUGGCAUUAAACAUAUUCCAUAUCGAGAAUCAAAAUUGACACGAUUAUUGAAAGAUUCUUUAGGUGGUAAUUGUCAAACGGUGAUGAUUGCUAAUGUUAGUCCAUCGAGUAUGAGUUAUGAGGAUACAUGUAAUACACUGAGAUAUGCAAAUCGUGCGAAAAAAAUUAAGACAAGUAUUAAGAAAAAUAUUGUUGAUUGUCAAAUGCAUGUGACAACUUAUAUUAAAAUGGUCGACGAACAAAAGAGAGAAAUUGCAUUGCUCAAGCAGCAAAUUCAAGCAUUGGAAAAUGGUGGUAAAAUUAUUUCUUCGACGCCAAGAGACACGAAAACAGAGGAAAAUAAUAAAUUACUCGCUGAUUUUGGCAAUAAACUCGAGGAAUUGUAUCGAAAGAAAAGAAAUUUAAAUGAAAAAAUCAUGUCUCUUGAAAGUACCGAUAAAGUUUUGUGCUGCAGGAUUCAGUACAAAAAAGCUGCCGAUAAUAGACUUCACAAUUUGACAACAUCAGUGGAUGCAUUAUCACCAGAAGAGAUAAAUGCCAGCGGUAAAUCGAGGCUCAACAAAUCUCUCCAACAUUUCAAACGUCAACGGGAUGGCAUUCAAAAUCAAAUGAAUCUCGUCUGGAAAGAAUUGUCCAAGGUUGAAGGGGAAUUGCAAGCACUUGAAAAUCAGAUUAAAUCCAAAGAUCUAACUGAGAAAUUAAGGGAGAAAACAUUAUUGUUAAAAACUGAAAUUGAAAAAUCAAGAUUACAACAACAAUGCGAACAUGGUAAACGUAUCAACAGUCUUGAACAAUGUGAAAUGCAUUCUGACUUGACAAUAAUCAAAAUGUUGAGUUCAACAGUUCAAACUUAUUACAAUAUGAUGAGGGGUUACGGAACCGUGAAUGAAAGCAUGAAAAGUGAAUUUAAACAGCUCAUUAAAUCAUUAGAAGGUGUACGUAAUAUCAAAUGGUCCGAUAUGGAAUUAACAACAACAGAAGAAGAUUUUUACAGUAUGACAAUUCUCGAUGUUCUCGAUAAUCCGCUAACCAAUGAGAUGCCAAUUUUCCAACCAGUUGCACUCAAUGAACAAAAUGAAUCUCCAAAAUCACUCAACGCCACACCAACUGGAAUUGCAACAACAAUGGAUCCUCACAAUUUAACUGUUACUUUAGAUGAAUUCUCCACAAUUAAUACUGACACAUUAGAAACAGAAGCCGAGGCCAGCAAUAGAACCAUUGACAUCAGUAAUAAAACAAUAGACAUCAGUAAUAAAGCCAUUGAUACCAGUAAACUAAAUGGUACCAUCAAUUUACAAGAAUCAAAAUUCCGUAAACGUAUUCUUCAUGACAAAAAUAAUGGUCCAGGACGAACGCCACCGAAAUUUAUUAAAAAAAUUUCACCUAAAAAUAAAGUCAUUCAAAAUACCACCGGUAAGGAGAAUAAUAAGGAAGCGCCAAAACAUCAAUUAUUCAUGAGCGCAAAAAGUAUUGCUAUUUUAAAUAAAUUGAAAAGUGAUAAAUUAAAACAAUUACCACCACCACCGCCGAGCAGUAAUUUUACCAUCAAUAAUGAACAAUCGGAUACAACACUCAAGGUCGUCAGAGGAAAGGAGAGGCGAGCUCUUACUUCUUCACAUCAUCCUUACCAGAAACAAGUCGUCAAACCAAAAUCUACUACACCAGCUUUACCUUCGUCUAGGGUUCCCUGGUAGUUUGAGCGAGUCUAAUGAAUUUUUGUUUUUAAUUUCAAAAUAUAGUAUUCUUUUAUUAUUGUGUACAAGAUAAGAUGUAUUGUAUAUAUUUUUUAAAAAUCAAAACACGAACGCAGUAUGAGAAAUAAAAUAUACUCUAAUAGCUGCAACAAUUUUCUCAAGUUGAUUUAGCAAUACACUUGUCAUAUUCUCAUUGCUGAUUUAUUUUGAAGAAACAAAAUCCAAAAAAUACUUAUAAAAUCACUACAAAAAAUAACGAUCAAUAAAAAUAAAAUUUUUCAUUAAGAAUAUCAAUUGUCAAAAAUAAAAUUUACGGUACCAAAGAAUAUCUAUUUUUUUUUUUUUUAAAGAACAAAUUCAAAAUAAAUCACGAAUGAGUUUUAUUUUACUUUUUUUUUUUAGAAAGCAAUCACGAGAGACAGCACAAAUAUUUUUCUAAAAUAAUGACGAAGAAAAAAUAUUUAGAAAAAUUUUUAUUAUAUUUUUUAUGUAACGAUUUCUAGUUUUUUUUUUUUUUAUUUUAGUUUUAUAUCACAACUUAACAUCAUAUAUUUAUUCAGAAAUUGAAUUGAAACGCACGAAUUGACUGAAAAAAUUUGAUUGUCUUUGAAUUUUUAAAUAAUAAUUAUUAUUGUUAUUUUAUAUCUAAAAAAAAAAAAUGUGAAAUAAUAAUAAUUUAUCGUAAGUUGAAAUACAUUGAUUUGAAAUCGAUGUCCGGUGAUUAAUGUUUUUCACUGCAAUUUACUGACACUCUCACUUAAUGAGUUGUUUGAAUUUUAUUCCAGUAUUUUUUUAAAAAAAUUUAAUAAAUUGCAAAUAUUACGCUUAUAAAUAAAAGAAAAUAUAUAUUACGAUCGCAUGAUAAUUAAUUUUAGGCGUUCAUAUUAAGCGUAAAAUAAGCAAUAAUUUGAUAUUAAUGUUUUGUAAUAAUAUUUUUAGUACAUUAAUAAAAUAUUUAUACUUACAAUAA